UGCGCAGUGACCUCGGCUCCGCUGUCGUCUGAGAAUGGCCGCAGCAGGAAUAAACAAGCAGGGAGCCGUAGCGACGAUGGAGCCCUGCAUCCGACACGGGAGAGGGGCCAGCGGAAACACGGUUAAGGUACUGGAGUGCGGCGUGUGCGAGGACGUCUUCUCUCUCCAAGGAGAUAAAGUCCCGCGUCUUCUGCUCUGCGGUCACACGGUGUGCCAUGACUGUCUUACCCGGUUGCCCCUACAUGGACGAGCGGUCCGCUGCCCGUUCGACAGACAGGUCACUGAGCUGGGAGACUCUGGAGUUUGGGGCCUAAAGAAGAACUUUGCUUUGCUUGAACUUUUGGAGCGACUCCAGAAUGGAGCGUCCAACCAGUCAGGAAUGUCGGAGGAUGCCCUGAAAGGAAUGGGAGAAUGUAUAAUUCGCUGCGAUGAGGACGAGAGCCACACGGCCUCCGUGUACUGCACUGUGUGUGCCACCCACCUGUGUGCCGAGUGCUCCCAGCUCACCCACUCCACCCGCACGCUGGCCAAACACCGUCGGGUGCCGUUGGCCGACAAGCCUCACGAGAAGACGCUGUGCCCGCAGCACCAGGUCCACGCCAUCGAGUUCGUCUGCCUGGAGGAGCCCUGUCAGUCCGGCCCUCUCAUGUGUUGUGUGUGUAAGGAGUACGGCAAGCACCAGGGACAUAAGCACGCAGUUCUUGAGACCGAAGCUAAUCAGAUCCGUGCAUCCAUUCUGGACAUGGCUCACUGCAUCCGCACCUUCACAGACGAAGUGUCAGAGUACUCGAGGAAGCUGGUGGGAAUUGUGCAGCAAAUCGAAGGAGGAGAGCAGAUCGUGGAGGACGGAGUAGGCAUGGCACACACUGAACAUGUUCCCGGCACGGCGGAGAGCGCUCGCUCCUGUGUCCGAGCUUACUUCGCUGACCUCCACGAGACGCUAUGUCGGCAGGAGGAGAUGGCGCUGAGCGUGGUGGACGCUCACGUCAGGGAGAGGCUGAUCUGGCUGAGGCAGCAGCAGGAGGACAUGACCAUCCUGCUGUCUCAGGUCUCCACCGCAUGUCUGCACUGUGAGAAGACGCUUCAACAGGAUGACUGCAGAGUCGUGUUGGCAAAGCAGGAGAUCAACUGUUUGCUGGAGACGCUUCAGAAGCAGCAGCACCAGUUCACAGAGCUGGCGGAUCACAUUCAGCUGGAUGCCGGCAUCCCCGUCACCUUCACUAAGGAUAAUCGCGUGCACAUCGGUCCAAAGAUGGAGAUCCGAGUCGUGACUCUCGGGCUCGACGGAGCUGGAAAAACAACCAUCCUCUUUAAGCUGAAGCAAGAUGAGUUCAUGCAGCCGAUCCCAACUAUCGGUUUCAACGUGGAGACGGUUGAAUAUAAGAACUUGAAAUUCACUAUCUGGGACGUGGGCGGAAAACAUAAGCUCAGACCUCUCUGGAAACACUAUUAUCUGAACACUCAAGCGGUGGUGUUUGUGAUUGACAGCUGCCACAGGGACCGACUGAUGGAGGCGCACAGCGAGCUGGCAAAACUACUGACGGAGAAGGAGCUGAGAGACGCCUUGUUGCUCAUCUUUGCAAACAAACAGGACGUUCCCGGUGUCGUGUCCGUGGAGGAGAUGACGGAGCUGCUGAGUCUACACAAGCUGUGCUGCGGGAGGAGUUGGCACAUUCAGGGCUGCGAUGCCCGCAGCGGCAUGGGCCUCCACGAGGGGCUGGACUGGCUCUCCAGACAGCUGGUGGCAGCCGGCGUCCUGGACGUAGCCUAAAACGUCUCCACCACC